GGACCAAUACUCUUUGGUUACAAGUUGUAAAUUAUAGCUGGUAACAACUGAUGCUUUGUGGAAACUGGAACCAUUAUGAGAACGGUUCAUUGAUUCAGUUUUGAGAUUUUUUACAGUCUGUGCAAGACUGUAAGAGUGCUUAUAAUAAUAAACCCCUUGUUAUGAUAAAAGGUGAGAGUUUUUAUCUUAAACCCCUUUUUAACUUUGUACCUAAUAUCCCUUUUGUGCUUAUCUGUGAUUGGGAUAUACCGAAGUGGGGUAAUGAAAGAAAGAUAAAGAGCUACUUGAAUGUUCUUGGUGGGGUUGCAUUUUUGUGAGUGAAGCAUCUUUUUCAAACUAUGCAGAGGAAAAGUAAAGGAAGAGCCAAAACGUCUUGACUUUCUCACUCUAAAAUAUGUUACAAUUAAGUCAAGGAUCCAAAGCAUAAUUUGUAUAUGUCUGUCUUGUGUGUUAACAUCUCUUGUCUCUCUAAACUUGAUUUUCUCCACAGAGUGAAGCAAAAGUAAAGAUAGGCUUCUUCUGUCAUCCACUUAAGAAGAUUUGCUAGCUCAUCCUUUUUCCUGAUAGCGACAACUUGUAGGAUUCUUGAUUCCUGUUCUAUUUAUAUUUCCUGGUACAAGGAGACACUGUUAUGGCUUCUCUGUCUGAAAUCGUUGAGCAAGAGCUUGGAGCAUCACCAAGAAGCAAGCUUUCAAUAACAAGUGAAAGCAGUCUAGCUUCUGUCGCAUCCUUAUCCAUGCCUCUUAUACAGGAGAUUGUUUUAUCAGCAGACAUCAGAUGUAGUGACUGCCAAGAGAAGAUCGCUGACAUAAUGUCAAGGAUGAUCGAAACAUAUUCAAUAUUGGUGAGUGUGUUGGAGAAGAAAGUGACGUUGACAUGUACAUACUCCGGUGACCGGAGAGUCUCCAAGUCAUAUGGUGAAGCUCUUCUCUGCAAAAUCUCCAUCUUCAAGCGUAGGAUGUUUCAUUCUUCCAGGAAAACAACUCAAUGUCGCUUAGCUUAGUUUUUUUUUGCUUUUAUUAUCUUCUUUGCAAUAAAAACAUUUUCAAUAUUUUAAUGUCUAAUGUGAUGGAUAUUGUUUAGA